GGUACUAUUUUUGAAUGGUGCCUUUGCCACUGCCGUCUCCUUAAUCCACACCACACCAAGAAAAUGGAAGCAUCUUCUCCAUCAUCGGUUUCACCUUCAAUAUCCCACCUACUUUAUCUCCUCCUUCUUUACCUUUAAACCACACACUUUUCACCAUUCUACCUCUUUUUCCAUUUCCUCAACUUAGUGCAUAUUUUCUUAGUGUUAUGGGGGCUGGGACUUCCUCAACUUCAGCUAAUAAAGGAGAAAAAGAUGGAGGAUCUAGUUCAUCAUCAUCAAGGCCUAGUCUUGGUGAUAUCCCAGAGAGUUGCAUCUCCUCCUUGUUCAUGAAUCUUGAUCCACCCGAUAUAUGCAAACUAGCCAGAGUGAACAAAGCCUUUCACCGAGCUUCCUCAGCUGACUUUGUAUGGGAAUCAAAGUUGCCACCAAGUUACAAGUUUCUUGCCAAUAAAGUUCUUGGUGAAGAAUAUCAUGCUGCUAUGACUAAGAAAGAGAUUUAUGCAAAACUUUGUCUACCCAAUCGCUUUGAUGGUGAUUCCAAAGAAGUUUGGUUGGACAAGUGCAGUGGACAAGUUUGUUUGUUUAUGUCAUCCAAGUCCUUGAAGAUUACAGGCAUAGAUGAUAGAAGAUACUGGAACUAUAUUCCAACUGAAGAAUCCAGGUUCAAGAGCGUUGCAUAUCUUCAACAAAUGUGGUGGGUUGAAGUGGUUGGGGAGCUAGAGUUUGAAUUCCCUGUGGGGAGUUACAGCUUAAUUUUCAGACUCCAAUUGGGCAAGGCGUCCAAAAGAUUGGGUCGGCGCGUGUGCAACGUCGAUCAAGUGCAUGGUUGGGACAUCAAGCCCGUCCGAUUCCAACUCUCAACAUCAGACGGCCAGAGUUCACUCUCAGAGUGUUACUUAUGUGGGCCUGGUGAGUGGCUCUACUACCAUGUUGGAGAGUUCGUGGUCGAAAAUCCCAAUGAACCCAUAAAUAUCAAGUUUUCUUUGGCCCAAAUAGAUUGCACUCACACCAAAGGUGGCCUCUCUGUAGAUAGUGCCAUCAUUUGCCCAACGGAGUUUAGAGAAAGGCUUAAUCAAAUUUAGCUAAUUAUAUUUUACACGUUAUAAUUAUACAUUUGUGUAAGAGUAAAAAAGGGCAUUUUUCUUACAGAAAAUUGGUAUUUAAGGAAAGUACUCAAGUGGCCCUUGUUUUUAAUUGGGUUUGAGUGUUCUCUUACAUGUGUAGGAAUGAAGAAUGUGAAAUAAUAGUACUAACUACUGCAGUUAUAGAGAGAAAUUUAUUGUAAUACUGGUUCCUUCUCUGUUAUUUUACAGUUCAUUACAUUUCGCUUUC